UGGUGUUCCGAACGUCAGCCACGAGACGACAGCACUAAUUUUUGGAAUGGCUAAAUGUGGUGUCACUCGACUUAACGUGUUCCACACGUAACUCCAGUUUCGUCAUUUUAGUGGCGACCAACUAUCAUUACUUUUCUUGUAUGUCAAUGGAGUUUAAUCGUUGGAACGAUUGAUGAUUAUUUCUCUAGUUUGUAACUUUGUUUUUUUACUUACUUUGUACGUACGACUUUACGAUAUUCUUUGAUCUGUGAACAAUUGAAUAACUGUGUUGUAAAUAAGCAUUGUUGAAAUGUGUCAUUGUUUUUAUUGAGCUGCUGUUACUUGUAAUUUAAGGUUUAAUACGACGUAAAAUUCGUAAGAGGAGCAAUAUUUUUCUUGUGAGCUGUUGCAAAGGACCGGCAAAUCCUGGAAUGAUAGAGGUACCAUAAAUGAAAGGAACUGCAUUGAUAAAAAUAUGGAAGGUGAAGUUUCUGUUGAUCAUGUUCCUUCAGAAAAGGACAAACUUUCUCCAGUAAGGAAUUACAGUGAUGAAACAUUCUGUUCAGAAUCUAGUGAUGGCAAUCAGUCAAAUAGAAGUAAAAAUAAUGUCUUGCUGGAGAAGAGAAGGAAAACUUGCACAGCACCAGGAAAUCCAUAUCGUGCAUCAGCUUCUAACUUGGGAGCACGAUAUGUUUUGCUCAAUGCUAAUUCCAAAGGCAACAUGAAUAGCAUUGCUCAGAAGGUCCUUUCUGCAAGAAUGUUACGUUUAAAACAGCUUCAAAAUGAACUGAAUGAUGCACAUUUCCAAAUUAAUGAACUAGCUACUGAAAACAGGAUGCUACGCACACUUCAGAAGCGUCAAGAUCUAGCAUUGAAACGAUUUGAAGAUAAAAAAGCUGACCUUCCAGUGCUUCUGAAUGCACACACAGAGGAAGUUCGUACUCUAAGGGCCACUAUAAAACAGCUUCGAGCUCAAGUACGUGAAAUGGAAGCAAAGAUGAAAGAUCGUGAUACUGAACUGACACUUUUACGAGAAAGAUGCUCAACACUUACAGAUCUGUGUAACAACAAACAGCUGGAAGAGAGAGAUGUACUGCAGAAACGUGUUGAAGAGUUGACAAAACUAAAUGAGGAGCAAACUGAAAGGAUAAAGUUGCUCAAUCGAAAAGUUGCGCUUGAAAGCAAAAAUUAUGAACAUCGGUUGAAAACAGAAACAACAAAUCACCGCAACACACAACGUGAACUGGCUAGAGUUUUGGAGAAUGCUGCACAACUUCAGACUGCUCUGGAUGAGAAGGAAAAAUUCAUAAGAUCUAAAAUAUAUCCAACCAGCAACAACAGACGAAGGAAUGAAACUGGGAUUGCAUCAGUUUCCAGCUUCUCUCAUUGCAGUGCUGCUCAAAGCAGAUUUCCAGAACUCCAGAAAGGAGAUCAAUUCCAAGGUAGUGGAAAAGGAAGCAGAUACUUCUCAGACGAAAGUAGUCAUAAUCGUAGCCACAGCACCAGAUUUUCUCUGGUUCAAGAUCAAGUAACACCCCAAUCUUCUGAUGAAAAACUGGACCAGCUACAGAUCACAGGAACAAAGAAGUUGAAUGCAGCUACACCAUGUUAUAGUUUGAAGCAACAAAAAUAUGGAAGGCGUCAUCAAGACUACCAAACCAUCCAGGAGGACCCAGACUCAGAUUCACAACAGACAAUAGUUUCGUCUGGUGGAGAGCUAUUUGAUGAUGUAGGAGAGCGAGAAGAGCACACUGUCACUACUGAUGAACUUAGUAGAGUGUCUUCUCCACUUGAGCAGCAGAAUUCAGAUCGAAGCAAGGAAUUUUCAGAUAAUGUUUCUGAAAAGCCAUUGAAAUUUGUGUCGAGUUUACACACACCAAAGAGCUACAGCAGCAGUCCAGUGACAUCACAACUAAUAGACAAUUCUCUAAAAAAUUGCUCUGAUAAUGUAAUACAAACAUCACACAAUAAUGGUAAUAUAAACGACACAGCACACACACGUUUCAACGACACCUCCACUUCAUCUAACUCUCACUCUCAUAGCAACAGCUCUGAAGAGCACAGUGUGGAAGAAAAGAAUUUUGUAAGAUCACCUUCCUUGGCUGAAAUUACAUGUAAUGGUGAAAGCGAAACUGUUCAAAAGCCUUGCAACUCAAUUGAGAGACCAAAAAGGGUAUCAAAAAAUACGGCAAUUAAAGAAGAGAAUGUUGAGAUAAAUAAACAGCAUGCGCCUAUAAAAGAGGAAGAGAAGCAAAGUACAUUCAGGAAAGGAGAGCUGUUAGCUGCUUUGGAGGCUAUAGACAAAGGGAAAGAUGUCCAUACAGAUGUUGGCAUAGAAGAUACUGAAAUUGAUAUUGACAGGGCUAAAAAUAAAACAAAUCUGAUGAGAGAGUUAUUUGGAAGUUCUUGAAGUAUUUAUGUAUUUUUGAUAAAAUCAUUUUGUUUAUAGAGUAUAUUUUGAUAUGAAUAGCCAGUUAUAAUACACCCACACUUUGUUGAUGCAAAAAAACAAUGCAGGUAGAACAAACCUCUUUAAAGCAAUAUUCAGUUGGUAGUGAAGAACCUAAUAAGUUGAAUGAAUAUCUCAGUAUAUAAGUGCACACUUGCCAUCCACUAUGUUACAUGUGCACAAUCUUGGAAAGAUACAUUACAAAUCAUUCAUUUCAGUGUAACUAGUCACAUGAAAACACUGUGAUAAUACAUAUUAAUGCAAGAAAAUUUAUAAUACUAAUGUUGAUGUGUCUGUAUAGUAUAUUUCUGUUGGGCUUUAAAAUAUGGCAUGUGUUUCAUAUUACAACCUUGAAUUCAAUAAAUAUAUUUACACAGUACCACAUGAAAUAAUAAUUUAUAAAAAUUCAUUAAAAUAAAUUAUAAAAAUUGGUAGCAUAGAUAAAUUUGCAACAACAUGCUGAAUAAAUCCUUUUGAACUUACUUUUUUCAGAAAGCAUCAUUCUGCCGACUAUAUAGUUGUUAUGCAAACUGGUGUCUCUUGCUUGCCACUGGGUAAAGGCUUUGUGACUCUGCAUUUUUCUUUUGUGCUAGAAGUGUAUCACUAUGAUGUCUCUGAGGUUAUUGACUUAUUGGCUUCAUUGUAUUGUGCUUGAAAUGCAGUGUGGAUUCAGGUUAGCCCUCAGGAAUGGAGAUAUUAACUUUGAGGACUGGAUAGGUAUUGUCAAGAAAUUGGAUUCACCAUGAACACUGAACUGUCUGAUUUCCAUAUUUUUCAGAAGGACUGCAUAGACCUGUGACAGUCUUUUGGCAACACUUAGGUUCAGUAAUUAUUUUCACAUUAUAUACAUAAUCAAAAGUUGCAGAGUUGGCAGUAUUUCAAGGAUGGAGAUGAUUCCAGAACGAAUUUUCACUUUGCAGUGUAGGGUGUGUCAAUAUUAAACUUCCUGGCCGGUUAAAACUCUAUACCAGACAAGGACUCGAAUAUGGGACCUUUGCUUUUUGUCAGGCAAGUGCUCAACCAUGACUAAUGGAUGGUAGAUGAUGAGCUACUGGCAGAGGUAAAGCUGUGAGGAUAGGUCACGAGUUGUGCUUGGGUAGCUCAGUUGGUUGAGCACGUGCCCGCAAAAG